CUUGCAGCCAUUUUCUGCUCUUUGUGUGGGGUGGAUUAGCGGAUAGAGACCGAACCUACAGCAUCAUUUCUACUACACCGAGCAAACGUUAUUUCAUACGGGUUGUUUCGCUUUGCUUUGACCGUCCGUUAUUGUAGGAGCGGACAUGCAAGUAGCAGAUUGGGCUGCUUUGUGAGUGAACCUGUGUCGCCAUGACAACCCACGUGACCUUGGAGGAUGCGCUGUCCAAUGUGGACCUGCUGGAGGAGCUACCCCUCCCAGACCAGCAGCCAUGCAUCGAACCUCCACCUUCUUCCAUCAUGUACCAGGCAAACUUUGACACCAACUUUGAGGACAGAAAUGCGUUUGUCACUGGUAUUGCCCGCUACAUUGAACAGGCCACUGUGCACUCCAGCAUGAAUGAGAUGCUGGAGGAGGGACAUGAAUAUGCUGUCAUGCUUUACACCUGGAGGAGCUGCUCCAGAGCUAUUCCUCAGGUGAAGUGCAAUGAGCAGCCAAACCGAGUGGAGAUUUAUGAGAAGACUGUGGAGGUGCUGGAGCCUGAAGUCACCAAGCUCAUGAAGUUCAUGUACUUCCAGCGCAAGGCCAUCGAGCGUUUCUGCAGCGAGGUAAAGAGACUGUGUCAUGCCGAACGCAGGAAGGACUUUGUGUCCGAGGCCUACCUGCUCACUUUAGGAAAGUUCAUCAACAUGUUUGCCGUGCUGGACGAACUAAAAAACAUGAAGUGCAGUGUAAAAAAUGACCACUCUGCUUACAAAAGAGCGGCUCAGUUCUUAAGAAAGAUGGCUGACCCACAGUCCAUCCAGGAGUCGCAAAACCUUUCUAUGUUUUUAGCCAACCACAACAGAAUUACGCAGUGUCUGCACCAGCAGCUGGAGGUGAUCCCGGGAUAUGAGGAGCUGCUGGCUGACAUUGUCAACAUCUGUGUGGAUUACUAUGAGAACAAAAUGUAUCUAACCCCCAGCGAGAAACACAUGCUGCUAAAGGUUAUGGGUUUUGGCCUGUACUUGAUGGAUGGAAAUGUCAGCAACAUCUACAAGCUGGAUGCAAAGAAAAGGAUAAACCUCAGCAAAAUCGACAAAUUCUUUAAGCUUCAGGUUGUGCCCCUGUUCGGAGACAUGCAGAUCGAACUGUCACGAUACAUAGAAACAAGUGCACACUAUGAGGAGAACAAGUCCAAGUGGACCUGCACUCAAAGCAGCAUCAGUCCUCAGUACAACCUGUGUGAGCAGAUGGUGCAGAUCAGAGAAGACCACAUUCGCUUCAUAUCUGAGCUGGCACGCUAUAGCAACAGUGAGGUGGUGACCGGCUCCGGGCUGGACAGUCAGAAGUCUGAUGAGGAAUAUAGGGAACUCUUUGACCUGGCACUCAGGGGUCUGCAACUUCUGUCCAAGUGGAGCACACACGUCAUGGAAGUGUACUCUUGGAAACUGGUCCAUCCCACCGAUAAGUUCUGUAAUAAAGACUGUCCGGGCACAGCUGAAGAGUAUGAACGUGCUACACGCUACAAUUACACCAGUGAGGAGAAGUUUGCCUUGGUGGAGGUCAUUGCUAUGAUCAAGGGUCUUCAAGUUCUGAUGGGACGGAUGGAGAGCGUGUUUAACCAGGCCAUCAGGCACACCAUCUACUCCGCCCUGCAGGAUUUUGCACAAAUGACCCUGAGAGAACCGCUUAGACAGGCGGUACGCAAGAAAAAGAACGUCCUCAUUAGUGUUCUACAAGCCAUCCGUAAAACUAUCUGUGAUUGGGAAGGGGCAAGAGAACCGCCCAAUGAUCCCUGUCUCAGGGGAGAGAAGGACCCCAAAGGAGGCUUCGAUAUCAAAGUACCCCGCCGUGCCGUUGGCCCCUCAAGCACACAGCUGUACAUGGUUCGCACCAUGCUGGAGUCCCUUAUUGCUGACAAAAGUGGCUCUAAGAAAACUCUUCGCAGCAGUUUAGAUGGCCCCAUCGUUCAGGCCAUUGAAGACUUCCACAAGCAGUCGUUCUUCUUCACACAUCUCCUAAACUUCAGUGAGGCCCUGCAGCAGUGCUGUGAUUUGUCCCAACUCUGGUUCCGUGAGUUUUUCUUAGAACUUACCAUGGGCCGUCGCAUUCAGUUCCCCAUUGAGAUGUCCAUGCCCUGGAUCCUCACCGACCACAUUCUGGAGACCAAAGAACCCUCCAUGAUGGAAUAUGUGUUGUAUCCAUUGGACCUUUAUAAUGACAGUGGGUAUUACGCCCUCACCAAGUUUAAGAAGCAGUUCCUCUAUGAUGAGAUCGAGGCUGAGGUCAACCUGUGUUUCGAUCAGUUUGUCUACAAAUUAGCCGAUCAGAUAUUUGCCUACUACAAAGCAAUGGCUGGAAGUGUCCUCCUAGACAAACGCUUCCGUGCUGAGUGUAAGAACUAUGGCGUGAUCAUCCCGUACCCGCCAUCAAACCGCUAUGAGACACUGCUCAAACAGAGACAUGUGCAGCUCCUGGGUCGCUCCAUUGACCUGAACAGAUUGAUAACUCAGAGGAUCUCAGCAGCCAUGUACAAAUCUCUGGAUCAGGCUAUUAGCCGCUUCGAGAGCGAGGACCUCACCUCCAUAGUGGAGCUUGAGUGGCUGCUGGAAAUCAACAGGUUGACUCAUCGUCUACUAUGUAAGCACAUGACACUGGACAGUUUUGACGCCAUGUUCCGUGAAGCAAACCACAAUGUGUCCGCUCCAUAUGGACGCAUUACGCUGCACGUCUUCUGGGAACUGAACUUUGACUUCUUGCCAAACUACUGUUACAACGGCUCCACCAACCGGUUUGUGCGGACAGCCAUUCCGUUUACCCAGGAGCCUCAGAGAGACAAACCGGCCAAUGUCCAGCCUUACUACUUGUAUGGCUCAAAGCCUCUGAACAUUGCUUACUCCCACAUCUACAGUUCCUACAGGAACUUUGUGGGCCCUCCACACUUCAAAACGAUCUGUCGUCUUCUGGGUUACCAGGGCAUCGCUGUAGUGAUGGAGGAACUUCUCAAGAUUGUCAAGAGCUUGUUGCAGGGUACCAUCCUGCAGUAUGUGAAGACACUUAUAGAGGUGAUGCCCAAGAUCUGUCGUCUCCCCCGUCAUGAGUAUGGCUCACCAGGAAUCUUGGAGUUCUUUCACCAUCAGCUGAAGGAUAUCAUUGAAUAUGCUGAAUUGAAGACAGAUGUGUUUCAGAGUUUGAGGGAGGUGGGAAACGCCAUCCUCUUCUGUCUGCUCAUCGAGCAAGCUCUGUCACAGGAAGAAGUUUGUGACUUGCUUCAUGCUGCCCCGUUCCAGAACAUCCUCCCCCGUGUCUACAUUAAGGAGGGAGAGAGACUGGAGGUGAGAAUGAAGAGGCUCGAGGCCAAAUAUGCUCCUCUACACCUGGUGCCUCUCAUUGAAAGACUUGGAACCCCACAGCAAAUUGCUAUCGCACGGGAGGGAGACCUGUUGACAAAAGAGCGGCUGUGCUGCGGCCUGUCCAUGUUUGAGGUCAUCCUGACACGCAUUCGCAGUUUCUUACAAGACAACGUGUGGAGAGGUCCUCCCCCAACCAAUGGCGUCAUGCACGUGGACGAAUGCAUGGAGUUUCAUCGCCUCUGGAGCGCCAUGCAGUUUGUGUACUGCAUCCCUGUUGGAACACACGAGUUCACUGCAGAGCAGUGCUUUGGUGAUGGUCUGAACUGGGCCGGCUGUGCCAUCAUUGUGCUGUUAGGGCAGCAGCGCCGCUUUGACCUCUUCGAUUUCUGCUACCACCUCCUGAAAGUCCAGAGGCAGGACGGCAAGGAUGAGAUCAUCAAGAACGUGCCCCUGAAAAAGAUGGCAGAUCGCAUCAGAAAGUAUCAGAUACUGAACAACGAGAUCUUUGCCAUCCUCAACAAGUACAUGAAGGCUGUGGAGACAGACAGUUCUACUGUGGAGCAUGUGCGCUGCUUUCAGCCUCCUAUACAUCAGUCUCUGGCCACCACAUGUUAAAUAAACUUUAUUUGACCCCAACAGUCCCAUUCUUCCUCUGGUGUGAUAUUGGUCUCGAUUGUAGUGUGCAGGGUCUUUACUGCUUUAUUUAUAUAGGUGACAUACCUCUAGUCCUGACCCAUGGUUAAACAAAAAAGUAGAUUGCUCAGUCUUUACUGAAUGUUAUUUUGCCAUUUUCAGUUUCAACAUUCCCUUUAAGGUUUGGAAGAGACUGGAAGUGAACCAGUUUCAGAGAUUUAGGACUAUCAAGAUUUCUUCUAGUUCACCAGAGGAACGUUGAAGUGCUAGUUUAAAAAAAUAUAUAAAUUACUUUUAAUUAUGAAUAACUAUUAAGAGAAAACAUGUUUAAUGUCAGUUUAGUUUUUUUACUACAUGCCCAUACAUUUCAUUUUAUUAAAUAAGAUUUGCAUGUUCCUCACAAAUCACAUCUCUCCAAAUUCUAUAAUAUUGUUUAUUGUAAACCUACCAAAAAAAUAGAAUGGUACAUUUACGGACGUAAUAAUGUCCAUACUUAUUUCCUCUUUAAAUUUUUUACGCCCAGAAUUGUUUACAGCAAUCAGUUUUUCCUCUUUAUUGUAUUACAGCACUAGUUUACAGUUCUUUGCAUUUGUAAUGUCCGUUUUUCAUUGUAAAUUUUACGGAAAUUGCGUGUAAUCUUAUUUUAUUCUCUACUGUAAUGUACUGGUACCAGUAUUUGCCUCAACUAAUGAAAAGUAACCUCACUUUUCUGCUGGUUCAUUUUCAGUCUGUUUGGGCUAUUUUCUAAACUAGUGCAUAAAGUCGUGAAGCAGUUCACCAUUCUAAAGUACUAAUAACUGGAAUUGUGAUGUGAUCUGUUUAUUCACUUUUUAGUUGUAAAAGACCGCAGUAAUACUGCAUUACACUGAACAACAAUAAGAGAAAAAGGAACAAUGUCUCACCAUCAGUUUUUAAAACCUCUAAAUUAAAUUCAGUAUGUAUCUUACCCAGCCUUUUGCUUCAGCAGUGUUAGAUUGGCUAAUGUUCACUUAUACGUUUUGUAAUUUAUGUGGCUGUUGUAAAUGUAACCUCAUGACUGCUCAUUUUAUUCUAUUAUACCUUUUAUUUUGUUUCCUAGAGUUUUAAGAUUGGAUUUAAUCUGUUUUUAAAAUUCUGCUUAAUUUAAGGGGUACUUUACAGUAAUCUAUUUAUGCAUAAAGGUUGAUUUUCUUGCUGUUGGAAAUGGGUUAAUAUGGGAAUAAUGAUUGAAAAAUGUUCUGAGAUUUAAAAAAGUGCUGUUUUAAAAACUCAAAGCAUGACAGGUGUAAUUUAUUGUCAUCAUGGAUCUAUUUGUGACAUGGAUUUUUUUUUGUUCACAUUGUUGUACAAGUGUUCAUGUUAAAAACAAAACAAAAGGAGAAAAGUAAUAAUGUACAACAGAUUGUCCUGAACAGGAAUUAUAAUUAUGUUGUAUUUCCAUGAAAUAAAAAAGAUUAACUACAA